ACCUCGUUUCCUCUCCGCCGCCCUCUUUCGCCGUCGUCGACAACACACAGACACAAGAUGGGUAUUACUCGUGAUUCGCGUCACAAGAGGUCCGCCUCGGGCGCUCGCCCCAAGGACUACAAGAAGAAGCGUAGCCACGAGAAGGGUCGCCAGGCCGCCAACACGAGGAUUGGAGGCAAGAGGAUCCAUGCCGUCCGUGUCAGGGGUGGCAACCUCAAGUACAGGGCUCUGAGGCUCGAGAGCGGCAACUUCGCUUGGGGCUCGGAGAACAUCACGUCCAAGUCUCGUAUCCUCGGUGUCGUCUUCAACGCCUCGAACAACGAGCUUGUGCGGACCAACACCCUGGUGAAGAACGCCAUCAUCCAGAUCGAUGCCACUCCCUUCCGUGUCGCUUUCGAGAAGCACUACGGCAAGCCCGUCACGACGAAGCGUCGUGCUGCCGGCCAGGGUGCUGCCGAGGAGGUUGAGGCCCAGAAGAAGAGCUACCACGUUACCAAGAAGCUCGAGAACAGGCAGAAGACCAGCGGCCUUGACCCUCUCGUCGAGCAGCAGUUCGGCAGCGGUAGGCUGUACGCCUGCAUCAGCUCGAGGCCAGGCCAGAGCGGUCGCGCCGAUGGAUACAUCCUCGAGGGUCACGAGCUCGAGCACUACGUCCGUCAGCUCCGUUCGCGUAGCUCUAAGCACGGUUAAGCGGCUAUCUUGCGCCGCCAUCGCCUUGCUCUCGUUUGUCUCUCCUCUCUCGCUCUCACCUCAUCACCCUCAACUAUCGAACUCGGUCGACCCUGUGCUCUUAAACCAACCAAUUUGUGUACUCUCUCAUUUGUCGUCCUUCGUGACGGCAUCAUUUUUUUUCCCAGUCUCCCCUCUUUUCGUCUCGUCAUCCUUCGCCCUUCUUCAUUCCCAACGCGUCUACGACAGGGCGUAGGCGCCGAAGGAGUGGCCGGGUCAGCGGGAUGUCGGAGGGGAGAUCCUGGACCAAAAGGG